CUCCCCCUCCUUCGCUCUCUCCCUGCAUCGUUUGGCCGGGCUUGGCGCUCCUGCUGUUGCUCCCACUGCUGCCGCCACCUCCAUCUUGCCGCCUUUCCCCUCUCCAAGCCCUGCAACAGGAGCCGACAACCGCGGAAGAGGCGCUGGAGCGAGCGAGCGGGUGAAGAGCUGCGGGCAACGAGGGGGCGGCGCUGAGGAGGCCGAGCCGACAUUUUGUGCCCCCUCCCUUCCUCCCUCUUCCCCUCCCUCUCCCUCAGCGACGGCGCCAACGGCAGAGGAGGAGGACGAGGCAGCGGCCCAGGAAAGGUUUUCUGAGCUGCUGCUAUGAGGAAACCCCGGAGGAGGUCCCGGCAGACCUUAGAGGGGAGACGUUCUCCUUCACCGUACAGCUUGAAAUGCUCACCCACUCGGGAGACUCUGACAUAUGCCCAGGCUCAACGAAUAGUGGAGGUUGAUAUUGAUGGCCGUCUCCAUCGCAUCAGCAUCUAUGAUCCUCUAAAGAUCAUCACAGAGGAUGAGCUAACUGCCCAGGACAUCACAGAAUGCAACAGUAACAAGGAAAACAGUGAACAACCAUUGUUUCCUUCAAAAUCCAAGAAAACACAAUGUAAAGGCAAAAAAAAGGAGACAUGUACAAAACAUUCUCCCGGGACAUCCUUCCAUCUGCCACAGCCCAGCUUUCGAAUGAUAGAGCCCUUCAGCCAGCCAGAUGCUCCACCUUUGCCUUCAGCAUACUAUCAGUAUCUUGAGAAACUACCUGAGGAUGUUGAUGCUGAAGUGGAAUACGAUAUGGAUGAGGAAGAUUUAGCUUGGCUUGACAUGAUCAAUGAGAAGAGGAAGAAUGAUGGUUAUGGGUCAAUUUCUGCUGAGACUUUUGAACUGCUGUUGGAUCGAUUGGAGAAGGAGUCCUACAUGGAGAGUCGUAACAAUGGAAGCCAGCAGACCUUAAUAGAUGAGGAUGCUGUUUGUUGUGUUUGCAUGGAUGACGAGUGUCAUAACAGCAAUGUAAUUUUGUUUUGUGACAUCUGUAACUUGGCUGUGCAUCAGGAAUGUUAUGGAGUGCCCUACAUUCCUGAAGGUCAGUGGCUUUGUCGCUGCUGCCUGCAGUCCCCUUCCCACCCUGUUGAUUGUGUCUUGUGCCCAAACAAAGGCGGUGCCUUCAAACAGACCAGUGAUGGUCACUGGGCCCAUGUUGUUUGUGCCAUCUGGAUCCCAGAAGUCUGUUUCGCAAACACUGUGUUUCUGGAACCCAUUGAGGGGAUAGAAAAUAUUCCACCAGCUCGCUGGAAAUUAACAUGUUACAUCUGCAAGCAGAAGGGCAUGGGAGCAGCCAUUCAGUGCCACAAGGUGAACUGCUACACUGCUUUCCAUGUUACUUGUGCCCAGAGGGCUGGUCUCUUCAUGAAAAUUGAGCCCAUGAGGGAGACCAGCCUCAAUGGCACAACAUUUACUGUGCGCAAAACUGCUUAUUGUGAGGCACAUUCCCCUCCUGGCACUCUGAAGAAAGGGCACACAGUUACUGUUCGUGGAAGAAGAGAGGACAUUGUAAAGAAGGAGGCUGGGGAUGAGAGCACUCUCAAAAUUAAGAACAAAGUAAAGUUGAAACAGAAGAUAAAGAAGGAAAGUUGUUCUUCGGUUCCUUUACUGAUGGUUACACAAAUCCCCUCUUACCGGCUGAAUAAAAUCUGCAGUGGGCUGUCUUUCCAGAGAAAGAAUCAGUUUAUGCAGAGGCUUCACAACUACUGGCUGUUAAAGCGUCAGUCAAGAAAUGGUGUCCCCCUGAUACGGCGGCUGCACUCUCACUUACAAUCCCAAAGAAAUGCCGAACAGAAAGAACAGGAUGAGAAGACUGGUGCAGUGAAAGAAGAACUGAAGUACUGGCAAAAACUGCGGCAUGACUUAGAAAGAGCACGGCUCCUCAUUGAAUUAAUUCGUAAACGUGAGAAACUCAAGCGUGAGCAGGUAAAAAUGCAGCAGGCUGCUCUGGAGUUACAACUCACACCAUUCAAUGUGCUGCUGCGAACAACCCUGGAUCUACUACAGGAAAAAGAUCCAGCCCAGAUCUUUGCAGACCCUGUAAAUCUAAGCGAGGUUCCAGAUUACCUGGAAUUCAUUUCCAAGCCAAUGGAUUUUGCUACCAUGAGGCAGAAGCUGGAGUCCCACCAGUAUCAAACGCUGGAUGAGUUUGAGGAGGACUUUAACCUUAUUCUUACCAACUGCAUGAGGUAUAACUCCAAAGACACAAUUUUCCAUCGAGCAGCUAUCCGGCUCAGAGACCUUGGAGGGGCAAUAUUGCGUCAUGCGAGGCGGCAAGCGGAAACUAUUGGCUUUGACCCUCAAAUGGGGAUUCACUUGCCAGAAUCACCAAAAACACAAGAUUUUUAUCGUUUUUCAUGGGAGGAUGUUGAUAAUAUCCUUCUUCCUGAAAACCGGGCUCAUCUUUCCUUGGAGGCUCAGCUGAAGGAGCUCCUGGAGAAACUGGACAUGGUGAGCACCAUGCGGUCAAGUGGUGCCCGAACCCGGCGCAUCCGCCUCUUGAGACGCGAAAUUAACUCUCUCCGGCAAAAACUGGCACAGCAGCAGAACAAAACCAUGCCAAAUGGAGAGCCAGUUCCAUGGGAGGAUGGAGUUGAGAAAAUGCUACAUGGAGAACAAAACGAAGACAGAGAGAAAGAUGACACCAAGCCCCCACUUCCCCCCACCCUGGAGCCCACAGGACCUGCACCCUCCCUAUCGGAGCUGGACUCUCUGCAGGACCCUCCAACUCUCAAACCCAUUAGCGAAAGCAAGUUCUCGAAAAGACUCCAUAAACGCCUGAGGUCCGAGGGCGAGCUCUUUGAUAAGAAGAUGCUGCAGAGGGAGAGCCACGCCUUCCAGCGUUUGCUCAGCGACAGUGGCCUGAACAGAUUGGCCCUUCAGGCCACGGGCACUUCUGCCAGCCCCCCGUUUAGUGGCGUGGGCAGGCGGACGUCUGUCCUUUUUAGAAAAGCCAACAAUGGGGUGAAACUGCAAAGAGGUCUGGACUGCCCCCUUGAGAAUGGAGAGGACCACAGCCAAAGUGGGCAGCUCUCUCCCUCCAGCAGAGAGGGAAAGCGGUCAUCCCGGAAACAGCCACAGAGUGGGAGCUGCAGCGAGAGCGAUGGCGAGAAAUCCCCCAGGCAGGCAGGCAUGACAGGAGCAGUGACUAAUGGCUUCAGGAAGCAUAGAGAAAGUGGUUCUGACUCAGAAUCCAGUUCUGGCCAUGGAGGUGGUCUUCCAUUUGGCAUUUGUAGUGAUCUGACUCCACACAAACGUAGUCGAGGAAAGCCUGCCCUGGCACGGGUUCCUUUUUUGGAUGGUGUAAAUGGGGACUCAGAGUUUAACAACUCAGGUAGAAAUUUACUGAUUCCAUUUGAGGAGCACACCGAAUUAGAAGCUCUGGAGCUUGUGUGGGCAAAGUGUCGUGGCUACCCUUCAUACCCAGCCUUGAUCAUUGACCCUGAGAUGCCAAGAGAAGGCCUCCUUCACAACGGAGUCCCAAUCCCUGUCCCUCCGAUGGAGGUGUUGAAGUUAGGGGAGCACAGACAAACAGAGGCGGGAGAAAAGCUUUUCCUUGUCCUUUUCUUUGAUAACAAGAGGACAUGGCAGUGGCUUCCAAGAGAGAAAGUUAUUCCGCUUGGAGUAGAUGACACAGUGGAUAAGCUAAAGAUGUUGGAAGGACGAAAAACCAGCAUCCGUAAAUCUGUCCAAGUUGCUUACGACCGGGCCAUGAUCCAUAUGAGUCGAGUUCGGGGAGACCAUCCCUUUGUUACACCAAAUUAUCUGUAGGGAUUGAAUGAGUCUACUCUACACUUCCUACUUACCCUGGAAAUAAUGCCUGUAAUUGUAAAGGCACAGAGGAUUUCCAUUGAAUUGUAGGAGAUUCCGCCCUGCUUGGAGGAAGGUGUGAUUGCGAUGCUUGUUCAUGUCCCGUAAGAAAGAUGCACGAUUCCUAGCAUAGAGAAAAAGCUCCGGAUAUGAAUAUGAUAUGUGCCAAAAAGCCUGCCUGGGUUCUUUCUGAGUAUGUUUCUCCUGAAAGCCAGCAUUAGAGGAAGUCUUGUUAUGGUCUGACUAGUUAGAGGGUAUCACAAGCAGCUGUAAUGUUAAUGCGAUGGGAAGAAUUUUAGGUUUGAUCAGCUAAACUCAUUUGCUGGUUGGACUAGAAGACUCACAAGUCUCUUUGUGUUUCCAGUGUUCUGCUUGCCCUGAAGAAUUCUUUGGAACUUGCCACUAAUAGAAAUAAUGUGGCCUCCUUUCAAUGACUCUGGUGUGCCAAAUUUUGAGUAAUAUUUGUCACACUUUUUCAUCUUAUUUUUGAAAGUGCUGGUUUGUCCCACCGUAUUUUUACAUUUGCACCCUAGUCUAGAAAUCUCAUGCCUAUAUAGAUUUUUGUGUUAUGAUUUAGCACCAAAAGAAGAUGAAGGUCACAUUGAGUUUUACCCUUUACCUCAUGCACACUUACAUGUAUAGAGUUUUUAUAUAUGAAGAAGCAAUCACUUGCACAGUUUUCUGUCUAAAUCCGUUCAUGAAGCAGUUUUUAGAUUUCAACUACAGAUUUGGGUUGAGUGGUUUUUUUAAAAAAUAAAUAAAUAAAUGGUUUGGAAGCCACCUCGCCAGCCUGGAACAUUGUUGUUAAGGGUCUAAAAAUUGUUAGGAGAUGAAGAGGGAGAAAUUAAUCUUCUGAAAACAUUUGUCCCCACCAUCUCAAACAAGGAGAUGUUUGUACAGAGGAUGAGCUGACUCUACAUAAAUCUGCAUGAUUAUUGGAUGUAGAAGCAACCACCAGCCUGCCUAUGCAGAAAGGGGCAAGCCAAAAGUGGAAAGCUCUUCCCAUAUGCACUCUGCCCUUGUAGUUGGACUGAAGUCAUCUAAUUGUAUGUGCAGAGCUUUCCCAAGCAUGAAGUGUGCUGUAUAUGUUUGCAAAGAGUGCCAUAAGUGUUUUGAAGAAUGUGGCUUUGGAUAAGGGUAUCUGCAUCGAGGUGCAAUUCACCAUUAUUGCUCCAUCGCAUUUUGGGUUGCAUUGGAACACUGUCUUACUUUCUUGCCCACCAGCAUGAACUGGAGUUUCAUCAUUUGCAUUUCCAUACAAGUGUCAUCAUUUGCUUUCUGCUGUGUGAGCCUCCAAGACUAGAAUCUAUUUAAAAAUAGGACAUAACUCUUCGGCAAAUCCAAUUUUUUAAGCACGUGAUAGAAAAACAGGGAGAACUGAAGUUUGCGAGCUGAAAGACAUUUCAUAUUUGAAUUUUGAAUCAUGUAACAUUUUUUUUCCUUUUUUCUUUUAAGCUUUAAAAACCAAAGGUGCAGAGCAAGAUUGUAAUGUGAAGAGAUCGUUACUUUUUUUUUUCAAUUCAUUUUUAAUUAUUUUUAUUUUUUCAUACUAAAGAGAUUGUGGAACAAAAUGUUUAUAUUGGGGAAAAUCACUGCCAUUUCUAUGUGGUAUCCUUUUUAUUUUUUUUAAAAAGGACCACAUCUUAUAUAUUGGGAUAUAUCAGGAUAUAAAACCACACUUUAUACAAAAUAUCUGUAACAUGAAGAGCAUGAAUGGGAAUCUUUAUAAAGAGUGUGGCUAUGGAAGGAACUUGUGUACAUACUUGUAAAAUACUGUUCUAAAUUAUUUAGGCCAAUUGUUACCAUUCUUGGAAGCCCUCAGUUGUGUCGCUGGGUCUUUUGUAUGCACACAGUGUAAUUAAUUUAAAGCAACAUACACUUCCCCAGGUUGUAGCUCGGCUGUGGACUCGUAACCUAUGUAUAACUGUUUUAAGAACGUCCAUUUUACUUGUGUUUGUUUUUUUUUAAAAAAAAUACAUUUUAGAGAUUUGAAUUGGCUAAAAUCCUGCUGUUGCUAUGGGACCUAAACGUGACUUGUCAGUCUGCUGUAAAGCACAGAUGGCUCUAUUUAUUGUAGAAAGUGAGUUUAUUUGCUUUCUAGAACUGUUUAUAUCAGAAGGUAUAAGAGGUAAUAAAUUCUAUGCUUGUAAAGAAAAAAUGCUAAUUUUACCUACUAUAAUCUGACUGUCUGAAACUAUAUUUUCUCUCUGAGAAAUAAAUGUUCUAAUGUAAAA